AUGCAGGGUUUUCAUAGUCGGUAUCUUGGGGUGCCGGCUAUUUUGGGUCGCUCUAAAUGGGAGGUGUUUCAGUUUCUUCUGACAAAAAUUCAGGAUAGGCUUUCUUUUUGGAAGGCAGAAUCUCUAUCCACGGGUGGCAAAGAGGGGCAAAAGCAGGGGCUGUUAUAUCAGCUUUAUAAAGCUAAGUAUUUUCCUGAUUCGCCAAUACUGGAAACUUCGUUGGGCUGUCAGGGAGUCCGCUCAUUGAUUGGGAAUGGAACCUCUACGCAUAUUUGGAAGGAUCAUUGGGUUCUUACGCUUCCGGAGAAGCUUCCUUUACCCCCGGAUCUACCUCCAUUUUAUUCUGUGGAUGCGUUGAUUGAUUAUUCUACAUCUUCGUGGAAGGUAGACAUUUUGUUUCAGUUAUUCCCUCCUAGUACGGUGCAAGAAAUUCUCAAAAUUCGUAUCAGGGUUAAUCAUAAUAAUGGGGACUGGUCUUCUAUUUGGCGGUGUCGCACUUUGUCUAAGGUUCGCGUCACUUUGUUGCGCCGCGGCUGUGUGGUAUCGUCUCUUUGUCCUCGUUGUGGUUUACAGGAGGAUACUGUUGUGCAUCUUCUGUUUUAUUGUUCUCAUUCCAUUCAAGUGUGGAAGUUAUCUCCAUUGCGGCUUGAUUUUUUGGGUUAUUUCUUUUCAUUCUUUUCGGGUUGCUUGGACAUUUCUAUUACAGAAGCUCGGAAUCGGUUGGUUUUUGAGGGGUCUCUAUGGCAACCUGAGGUUGUGGUUCGGAGGGCGGUUGCCAGUUUUUGGGAAUUUUAUGAUGCUCGGACCCUUUCUUCUUCUUUGCAGCAUGCUCCAUCUAUCCUUUUGGUGGAUUCGUGGAGUCCUCCUCCAGCUGGUUGUGUGAAGUGUAAUUUUGAUGCUUCUUUUUGUGGGCAAUCCUUGCAAAGGGGAGGUGGAGCAGUUUUCCAUGAUUUUCGGGGUCAUGUUCUUCAGGCAAUUAUUUUUCAUUCGUUUUCUGCUUCAUCUUCGUUGGAGGCAGAAGUGGUAGUGUGUCAACGAGCCGUUCUUUGUGCGUUGGAUUUAGGCUUUUCGUGUGUUUGGUUUGAAUCGGAUUCCGUAGUUGUGGUGAAUGCGGUGUUGCGCAGGGCGACUUGUCCUUCAGAAAUUGCUUCGUUAUGUUUUGAUAUUACACGGGAUUGGCGGCGUUUUUCAUCUGUUUCUUUGACUCAUGUGUGUCGCCAGGGUAAUCGGGUGGCUCAUGAGUUGGCAGCUCAUUCACGGAAUGGCUUUGGGGCGGAUCAGCUUUUAUCUUCUUUACCUCCAUCUGUUGUUCUUUUUGUUGUGGCAGAUAUUGGUUCUUAG